CAGUUCUGACUAUUAGAAUCGUUAAUACCGCUAAACGUGACGUGGCGACUUGCGACAUCAUCGCCAUUGGUUUAUCAGUCGUCACGUGACAGCGUCAAACCCGGAAACGACAUUCACAGCUGCGGCAGGUGGGCUCUUUACCUGCUAGGUGCAAGUUAAGAAACUCAAACAACCAGAAGUGAAACUUGAGAUGUUACCAAGACAACAUUUUGAGGAAUAAACCAGCCUUAAAUCAAACCUAUGCGCCGGGAAACGCUGGUUUCUGGCUCGGACGUUACGUGGACGAUGCACUACCACAGCUACAUCUGUGUGUUUCUCUUGAGUUUGUACCAUUGUGGAUGUCUCACAGGUGUGUCCGCGUGCAAUCAAGAGCCAGAGACUCCAGACUGGAGGAUGACUCUGAAAACAAUCCGUAACGGAAUACACAAGAUUGACACGUACCUGAAUGCAGCACUGGAUUUGUUUGGUGGCGAUGACGGGUUGUGUCAUUAUAAGUGUACUGAUGGUUACAAGCCGUCACCUCGUCCCGGAUACAAGAAACCACCACCCAACGGAUGUGGCUCCCCCCUGUUUGGAUUUCAGUUUGACAUUGGCAUCCCGUCCAUGACCAAAUGUUGUAACCAACAUGACCGCUGCUACGACACCUGCGGCAGUGAGAAGCACGACUGCGACGAGCAGUUCCAGGACUGUCUGGAGACCAUCUGCAGGAAUGUGCAAAGAACUCUGGGAUUGGCCCAGAGUGUCCAAGCUUGUGAGUCAGCAGUGACUCUGCUGUUUGACGCCGUUAUGCACAUGGGAUGUAAGCCAUACCUGGACAGCCAGAGAGAGUCUUGUGUGUGUCAGUAUGAAGUGAAGAGGGAACUGUGACAUCGCCACAGGACAAAGACUGUGGAAAGGACUGAUUCAAAGCGCAGCACUGACAGGAGCCCAGCAAUAAAGUUGUCUUUCAGAUUUGCUCAGGGAUGGAGCUUCUUUGGCCCGCACUGACUUGUGUCCAUCGUCUCCCUUUUAUUGGAGUUUUGAAAUGUAGACAUCUGUUAGACAAAGUGAAUGUGAAAAUACCUAGUGAACAUGUAAUAUCUAUAUCUAUGCAGUUUAUUAUUUUGUUAAUACGGUGUAAUGUGUUUGUCAUUUGAUGGACUGGAGACAGCGUGGUCAGAGUUUCCCUGGCUCUUCGUUGUUUGGGUAGCAGCCAACACUAUUUUAUGGGUUAGUAAAUUCCUAAUAAUUCCCAAAAGUUUGUGGUAUUAAGAAAAAUAAAACAAUAUAUUUUGGCACUUAUUAUGGGUAAAACAUAGUGAUGUAAAUUGAGCUGUUCUUACAAGGAAGUUCCUAAACUGACUAAAUUAACAGUUUCAGACCUUUGUCUUUAUUUCCCCUGUAAUACACACCAAAUGUAUUUAGUUCCAGGUCAACUUUCAAUAAAUUAACAUAUAUUACUGUUGAAUAUACCAUUACCGCACAGUUCCCCCUCCCAUAACCCAAAUAGGAACAUGUGAUGAAUAAGAAGUCUGUUCCUUGUGUAUGUGUAAAAUGUUUUUCUGUAUCACAUGAUGGGGAUUGCACCAAUGUGAUAACACUGUGGAUUAAAUGCGUCAUAAAUAUGAAGAAACAUGCUUUUAUUGAUAAUUCUGUGUGUCACGUGUCGUCAUAGACAUUAUUGUAGAAACUGUUUCUAGUAAACAGCAUUCAGGGUGGAGUCGACUCCCAUUGAUACCUCAUCAAAGAGAAAAGACAUUAUUUUAAUAAUGUGAGAUAAUUCUAUUUAACAAUAGUCUGGAUUAGAAAUGUAGCCCCUCGUAAUUUCUUCGACUGCUCUAACCCUAAUCUCAUUUAUGAUCUGAAUCAGACUUCAUGACAUAGUUAAUCCCUGUAUUUAUA